GAAAUCAGCAGACUAACAGCUGAAAACAACCAUCUGCACCGAGACCUGGUACGGCUAGCCGAUGAACGGGAUGAACGCGAUAGGCGAACUGCUCAGAUGACGAGGCGUCUGGAAACGCAGUCCGCCGAUCUGCGCUUUGUGGCAUCGCAAUAUGCGCAUCGUGUUGAGGCCGAGCAGAAGAAGGUGGAGACCGUUAAACGGAAGGCGGAGGAGGUGUUCAUCAAGUUUGGUGUUUUCAAGGAGAGGACGGGCGAUGGCGAUGUUACCUUUGAUGUCUCCGGGACUGACGGGAGGGUCAAACCGAGGCCGAGGGCUACGACAGCCCCAGUCCCGAAAGGGCACGCUCCGCCGAACGAACAAACAGCGGAAGAAGUCUAUGAGAGGAUUCAGAAGUUCGAUAUUGAGACGGGAUUGGAGCCCCAGGAUAAUGACGCGGCCCACAUACCCGCCUUCCCAUACCCAGAUCCCGUCGUGGCCGACCUGGUUGCUCUCUCGGAAAAGCGGAUUCAGGCGCUCUUAAAAGAGAUGGAGCUGGUCUCUGCCAAGAACGGUGAACUGGAGACCGAACUGGAUGUGCUCCGCAAACAGAUGAUCUCCCGGAAUCAGGAGAUUGCGCGGCUGGGAACUCAACUGGAAAUCGCCUGUGCACAGCAGUUCUCCAGCGUGCAGUUCAAGUCAACAGCUGGAGCCACCAAUGCGAAACAGCAUGUCAUCCAGGACCUCGACGCGGCCAGGCAGCGGAUAGCACAGCUUGAAGCCCAAUCAGAUUUAUUCCAUGAGCAUGUGGAAGCCCUCGAGAAAGAGAUUGCUGCUCAUGAGGAUGACAAGAAGGCGCUGUAUAAAUCCUUUGAGACCGAAAAGAAGGAUAUUCUGGCCCAGCUGCAAAAAGAGCGACAGAGAUUCUCGGCGCCGCUGCCGAGGAGUCCAUCCCCUAACAAAGCCGCGCGCAACAGCAAGACUGAUCGCGAAGAUUUGCGAUCAUCUUUACGAAGCCCGACCAAGGGAGCCACCAUUGACAGUGUGAUGGGGUCUACGAGGACGGUGAAUUCUGAGGCGUCUGGAGUAGGGUCUCUCCGAGCUGAGCUGGAAGCUUUGAGAGCAGAGAACGAGCGUCUGCAGGCAAGCCUGUCGGCUACUGCGCGCCCUGAAGCCGUCGAUCAGUUCGCAAACAACCCACCGUCGUCAUCAACAGCGACAGCGGCGGUGACCACCGCGGCGGAGAAGCUGCAUGCCGAACUAGGCAAGCUCAAAAUCGAAAAUGCAACCCUGAAAGGGCGAGCGAGUGAGCUCGAAGCUCAAAAAUGGGCACUCGAGAAUGAUUUGAAGGGCAUGAAGCACAAGCUCGAACGGGCGCACGCCUUGGAAAAGGAUUUGGAAGCGACGAGAGCGCGAGCCCAGGAUUUCCAGCGCAAGGCGCAAGAUCGUCUUGCGGAAUGCGAGCCAUUGCGGGAAUCGUUGGCCAGGGCUGUAUAUGAACAAAAGGAGAGUACUGAACGACUAAAUCAGCUUCAACAACAAUAUCAGACUGUCUCACAUGAACGUGACGAACUGAUUGUGGUACUCCAGCAUUUCGAGGAGCAGUUGAGCGAGGUCCAGCGAUGCAUUGAAGCUGUGACGAAUGACCGGGACAACAUUGCAGCUCUGUACGAGCAGGUCAAUGAAGAGCUGCAGCUAUUCCGGAGAAUUCAUCCCGCAGACUUAUCAACACCAGUGGGGCAGCAGCCGCCACCAAGACCGACAGCACCCCCGGAGCCUUCUGCUCCCACCAUGUCCCCUGUUCGCAAUACCGCGGCUGACGUUGCCCAGUCAACGGGCAAUGAAAACGCAGACCUCCGAGCAGCGCAAGCUACGAUACAGCAUCUUCAAGGCGAGAUUGAGAUCCUUCAGCGUGAUUUGCAGGCCACGGUAGUGCGGCAUCGCGAAGGCGGUGAAAGCACGUCGGAUGCCGUCCAACGAUUAGAAGACGAGGUCGACCGCCUUCGUCGCGAACUACGAGCGCGGGAAGGUGAACGUGAUGCCAUAAAGUCGCAAUGGCAAGAUGCUCAACGCAACGCGGAGGCUGCUCAGCGGGCUGUGGCUGAUUUGCAACGGGAAGAAGCGGCGUUGAGGAUGGAUAUCGUGGAUCUUAAGGCAAACGAGGACCGCGAAGCUUACACAGCACGCGGGCUGAGGUCCAAAGUGGCUGACAUGGAGGCACGACUGGCGAGGUCUACGACUGAGUGUGAGCGGUUUUGCAAAGAGAGCGAGACAAAAACGCGGCAGAUACAAGAGCAGAAAGCCCUAUUUAUGGAGAUUGAUCGGCAGCGUGAUCGAGAUCGGGAUGAGAUGGAUCGCAAAUGUGAAAGGAUAGUCGAGCUGGAACAGUUGGUGGAAAAAGCUGAGGCCGCUGCCGUGAACGCACAGCAAGAGGCUGAUACCUUGCAUGACCAGAUCCAAUCAAUGAAAGAGCAUUUGAACGAGCGCGAAGGUCAGAUCAGUGUUCUUCGACAGAACUUGAACAAAGCGACACAGGAUAGGGACCGAUGGGCGGCGGAGUGCAAGAGAUUGACGGAGGAAGCCAGCAACGUUGGUUCUGAUCUCGGUGCAGUCAGCAAAGAAAAUCAACGAUUGAACGCGCUGUUGGAGGAGACCACGAAUGAGCGGGAAAGAUUCAAAGCGGAGCUGAUGGAGAGCGAGAGCCAGAUCAAGCAAUUGGAUGACCUUCUCUUGGCGAAAGAUCAAGAGCGUGAGCACCUGAUGGCCGCAUACCGCAAACUCGUCGGCGAGCACGAACGCUUGGACACCAGCGUCAAAAUGGCGGGCGAGGAGAGCAGUAACAUGCGCAUGGAAAUGGUUGUCAGGGAUAAACGCGUGAUGGCGCUUCAACAAGCGCUCGACGAAACUAGCGCUGAUCUGACAAAAGCCAAACUGGAUCUGGCGGCUCACGAGAAACAGGCAGCGAACGCAGCACGCGCCCUUGCGGCCAACGCCAGAAAUGUGGCCAAUCUCCAGGCCGACAAAGCGAGACUGGUCAGAGAUGUGGCCGCGUCUCGUGACCUUGCCGCCUCUAUAGACCGCCAACGUGAUGAUCUCCAGAAGCGUCUCACCGCCGCCGCCCUCGACGUCGAGCGGCUAAGCAAAGCACUGCAGAAAGCCGACACGGAUCGUGAAACACUCCAAGCCGAAAUGCAGGCCGAGAAAGUUAAGGCGGAACGUUUGGAGCAUCUUGUUGCUGUUGAACGUACCCGCAAGAUUCAGACGGAAAAGGCCGCUCAAGAUUUCACAAAGUCGAAGGAAUCGCUGGAGGAUCAACUGAAUCGCGUCAAUCAGCAGCAAAAGAUCUCGAUACAGGCAAUGACACGAGAGAUCAAAGACUUGGAGGUUGAGCGGGAUCAUUGGAAGGAGAGGGUUCAGCAAACGGAACGAUCACUGCGAGAGCAGCAGAAGAGUAAGCGCCGGAUGCUCUGGAAAUUGGAGACCAUCAAGGUGACUCACAAUGAUUGUGCCUGCUUUGUUUUCUCAUAGCGCUGGAAGAUGUCAAGGAGCAAUGCGAGAAGCUCCAAGCCGAUUCCAGUAA